AUGGAUCGAGGGCUUUACGUUGCCGAGGUUGAGACUCAACCUGCCGGCCGCUCCUCCGGUUCCGAUAACAAGGAUGUCAAGGGCGUCGCUGAUGGCGACCUCCGGCAACGUCGAGGGUCAUUUGAUGACGCCCAGUCCGACCGAUAUCGCCGAUCGUCUCUCGAGGAUAUUCAAGCCGACCAGGCCCUCGAAGCGCUAGGCUACAAACCCGAGCUUUCGCGUCGUCGAUCCACUCUCCAGGUGGCAUUCAUGUCCUUCGUCCUCGCUUCAAUUCCAUACGGUCUUGCAACUACUCUCUACUACCCGUUGAUCGGCGGCGGCCCAGUUAACAUUAUCUGGGGUUGGCUUGCCGUCUCGCUGAUCAUUGCCUUGAGCUUCGGCACCACUCUCUUUUUCGUCGCUUGUAUCAACGUGUUUGAAAAGGAGCCUGGGGUCGGUGUCUUUGAAGCCUCUACGUACCAGGUCUUCCUUAUCUUCCUUGCCGUUACCGUUUUCCAGAAUUUAGUCGCGGCUCUUGGAAACAAAUGGUUGCCUAUCCUCGAUACCGUGGCUAUUUUCUGGACCUUCGCUGGUGUCAUUGCCAUCUUGGUUUGCGUGCUUGUCAUCGCCAAGAAUGGACGCCAUUCUGCUGCCUACGUUUUUGGUCACUUCGAAUCCAACUCUGGUUGGCCCGCUGGAUGGUCUUUCUUCGUCGGUCUGCUCCACGCCGCCUAUGCUACCUCAUCUACUGGAAUGAUCAUUUCUAUGUGCGAAGAAGUCCACAAACCCGCGACCCAAGUCCCCAAGGCCAUGGUAGCCACCAUCUUUAUCAAUGCUUUUGGCGGGCUUCUCUUCCUUGUUCCCCUUGUCUUCGUCCUGCCCGACAUCCAAGUGCUCGUCAGCCUCGCUAGCGGACAGCCAGUUCCUACUAUCAUCAAGGACGCUGUCGGGUCUGCACAGGGAGCCAUUGGACUUCUCAUUCCCAUCAUGGUUCUCGCCCUCAUUUGCGGUAUCAGCUGCACGACCGCCGCCUCUCGCUGCACUUGGGCAUUCGCGCGUGAUGGUGCCAUUCCCGGCGCUAGGUGGUGGAAGAAAGUUCACACGGGGCUAGACCUGCCACUCAACGCCAUGAUGUUGAGUAUGGUUGUCCAGAUCUUACUUGGUCUCAUCUACUUCGGUUCCCCGGCCGCUUUCAACGCCUUCUCUGGCGUUGGCGUCAUUUGCCUCACCGCGUCGUAUGCCGCACCUAUUGCCAUUAGCUUGGCGAAUGGUCGGAAACACCUCGCCGAUGCGAAGUUCAACCUCGGCCGGUUCGGCGUUCCUUGCAACGUCAUUGCGCUUGCCUGGUCGAUUCUUGCUAUGCCACUCUUCUGCAUGCCCUCAUUUAUCCCAGUCACCGCGGCCACAGUGAACUAUGCUCCUGUCGUCUUCGUAGGCGCCACUCUCAUCUCGGCAUUGUGGUACAUCGUCUGGGGCCACAAGAACUACGCUGGUCCCCCGACUCAUGACCCUGUCUAUUAG